GCGACGCAGUACUACCCAGUCGUCAUUUCCGACCCAGAAGAUGCUGCUAAGUUUGGGACAUAUCGUAUGUCUAUGUAUACGGAUGACUCCCCAGCUAACACUAACUGCACCGACGCAUUUAUUGUGAAGAACUAUCCAUAUGAGAACUUCAUGUACGUCUCCAAAGCAGCGAGUUCGGUGAUUACAAUGAAUGGCGAGGACCAUUCUAAAGCCGGUGGAUAUUACAGAGUCACUGCUCCAUCAGAUGGCGACUUGAUUGUCUUAGUCGACGACUUGUCCGAAGUCUCUGCGACACUCGUGUUGUUCAGAGAACCUAUUUGUGUUGUGAUCGAAGAGGUCAAUAGACCACAAGGUGCUGUUGGGAUCUAUGACCAUACUACUGAUCCAUAUGGACAAAGGGGAACUCAUUUCAGACUGAAUGCUAUUGAGAAAGGAGAGGAAUUAUUAAUCUUUGUCGGCGCAGACUCGACAGCUAAGGGAAUUGUCCACGUUAAGAUGACUUUCAUUAAGGACGAAACACCACUGAUUGUCCCGUCAGGAUUCUUGUUGUCAAAAAUCUUCUGGGUCAUCUUCGGAUACAUCUUGAUCGGGUUGGCUAUUCUCACCGCUUUGCUUCUUGGCAUUUUGUAUUGGUUCAACAAUAGAAAGAAGGUGAACUACGGACACAUUUAA